CCAUCCGUCCGUACGUCUGUACCGUCCGUACGUCCGCUGCUCUUCGCCUCUCUCUUACCCCCCCCCCCUUCCUUUCGUUUCUCCGAAUAUCCUGCCGUUCGCGCCGCUCUAACCAAUUCUGCUGGUUCGCGCAAUGUGGACGCUGAUAGUCGCCGGCGUCGCCGAUGUCGACGAUGACGCGUUCACGCACCGUGUGUAGAAGUCAACGAGCGAACGGGAAAGCGUGACGUCCACGAGUACACGAGCAACCUCUUCUCAUCGGCCAUCGCCUUUCUCCUCGCCCACUACGCCUACCGCGCGAACACUUAAUAACGGGAUUCUCCCUACGGUUUCUUCUGCCGCAGGAAAAUGAGCAGCUCCGAGGAGGUGUCCUGGAUCUCGUGGUUUUGCGGUUUACGCGGGAACGAGUUCUUUUGCGAGGUGGAUGAGGACUAUAUUCAAGAUAAAUUUAAUUUAACGGGACUGAAUGAACAGGUACCACAUUAUCGUCAAGCAUUAGAUAUGAUUCUUGAUCUUGAACCUGAUGAUGAUCUGGAUGAUAACCCAAAUCAAUCAGACUUGAUCGAGCAAGCUGCAGAGAUGCUCUAUGGUCUCAUUCAUGCACGUUACAUACUUACCAAUCGUGGCAUUGCUCAGAUGAUUGAGAAAUAUCAAGCAGGCGAUUUUGGUCAUUGUCCACGAGUUUAUUGUGAAUCCCAGCCAAUGUUGCCACUGGGUCUUAGUGACGUUCCUGGUGAAGCAAUGGUCAAGAGUUAUUGUCCCAAAUGCAUGGAUGUAUAUACACCGAAAAGCUCGAGACAUCAUCACACUGACGGAGCAUAUUUUGGGACAGGAUUUCCACAUAUGCUAUUUAUGGUUCAUCCCGAAUAUAGACCAAAACGUGCAGCAAAUCAAUUUGUACCUAGAUUAUAUGGCUUUAAAAUUCAUCCUGUAGCAUAUCAGAUCCAACAACAAUCUGCGUCCACGUUUAAAGCACCGUUACGAGCUCUCAACUACAAUAACGGAAAACGUUAAAAUUAUUUUCGGGAUAGCCUAGAAUACUUCCUUUCAUUAUUCGCAAUUCCUAUGUUCGUCCUUGAAGAUUUAAAUAAAAUAUUUUUUAUAUCUCUGUUUCCUCAAUUGCCGCGCGAAGGAGACAUAUUCUGAGAUCGUUCAUAAUUUUUUGAUUCAUUCAUUGUCUCGUCCGCUCUUAAAUUCGUUCUUGACAUUGUACGAAAAGACAAAAGGAAAAAAGAAAGGGAAAAAAGCGAGCGUUUAGUUUCCUCGUGUAAAAUCGUUUUCGUAAAGAUCCAAUAUGUUUGUAUAGAAAUUUUGAGCAUUAUUCAUUAAAGGAUAAAAGAAAGGAGAAGGAAAACACGCUUAGAAUAAUUGCUAGAUCAUAAAUAAGAAAAGAGGACGAUUAUAAAUAGAACACACACCCAUUUUGUACGAAUCGCUUGCGUCACCAUAUUUGCUGCCAAGUAGUUCCUAAACAUGUGCAGGAGCGGACUUCCUAAGGAAGUCAAGAAGCGAAUAGUACUGGGAUUUACAUUGGUUCUUUUCAAGACGAGAAAUAAUGUAUAAAGAAGUAUAGCUGUUAAGUAUAACUUAAUUUAAUCGCCGAAUAAUUUGUGCGCGAACUGUGACAGAAACGAUUCAUUAAUAUAUAAUUACAUAUAGAUAAUGAAUUUACAAUUUACUUUAAUAAAAAUUUUCAAGCUUAAGACGCACGAAUUUCAGAAACGAAGACUGCAGUUUUCUCUGGUAGGGAGAAAGAGAGAAAAAAGAAGGAGAAAAGUAAAUUAAUUUCGGUUUCUAUCACAGUUCUCAAAACAUUUUUAUGGAUAUUUAGCGUUGAUGGGAAGACAAUUAGAUUGGGAAGGCGACUAGAAGAUAAAAUUCUGUGUACGAUUUUUAGCAUACAGCAGUGAAAUUAACAGGUAAUGUUCUCUUCAUUUCGUAUUUAGUGCAAUCACUUGCGACAAAGUCAAAUAGAUUUCAUAUCUCCGAAUCAGUUGGCAUUAAGGAAAACUGUUGUAUUGCAUUUUUAUUUAAAUUAAAAUAUGAUUUAUUUACA